AUGCUUCUUCUAGCUCAAUUUAUUAACAUACUACAAGUAGACAAAAUUUAAGGAUUUUUUAUUAGGCAAGGUUCAUAGACAAAGAACCUCAUUCACAUAUAGGAUAAUCAAACUAAUAAGGAAGAUCAAAGUUCACAAUGUCUUGAUAUUCCUUUGUGUUGUAUCAGACACUAAUAUGUUUAAAGCAAAACAUGGAAAAUCUAUGGUAUCUAGAUUAAAUAAUUUUAGGUAGUAUUUAUGAAUAUUUAGUUUAAUAAUUUCAAUUCCCUCCUUCUUUACAUAAGAAAAAUGAAAGUUCAUAAUUAGUUUAAAAUCAUACAAAAUUAAAUAAUAACAAUUUAUGGUUGAAAAUAUUUAUCAGCACAAAUCAAAAAGUGAAUAAAACUAAAAGAUGUAAAUAUUGA